UUCUUUCACUCUCACACACGAAAUCACUCUAAUUUCACAAAAUCACACCCGUCAAAACAUGUAAAAGAUCAAGAUUUGAAUUGAAAUAACUAUAACUAUUAAAUUUAUGAAUUGUUCACAUUCCAUGUGAAAUGAGCUAAGGUUAAAAGCAAAACUGGAAUUCAGAAUGAUUGGGAAUUGACCCUGUAACAUGAUACGCAGCAGAGAGAAAAAGGGGAACAUCUUCCGCCGCGAACCACCGUGUACCGUCGCCGGAGGGGAUUUCCGGUGGCGGCGUUUCAUUUUCUCCUUCCUUCCUCCUUUCUCUCCGAUCACCACGCGCCGCCGCGAAAAGCAUUAUCGCUUUUCCUUUUUUUCACUUUCAUCCUUUUGCUUUUCUUAUUCAUCCUUUUACCGUAUCCCACGACCACCGAUGGCACCACGGCGGCGGUGACCAGCGCGGAGUUGAAGGGUCGCGACUGGGUUUUGCGUGUUGCGGAUGUCGUAGGGGAAGGAAACAAGAUCGUUGGAAAAAAACGGCGGAGAUGAUCCACCGCGUUAAUCAUGGCCUCGCGGUUGAGAAGGUGUAACCAGAUCUGCGUUUUGGUAAAGCAAAGAGAAAGAGAAGGAAGAGAGAGGGAAAAGGGUAUGAUGAGAAAGAAAGAAAGAAAGAAAGAGUUAAAAGAAGAAAACAAGAAAAAUGACAACCGUAGAUCUCUGAAUUAAAUAAUCUGACGGAUACAAAUUACUUUCGUACCGUGCGAAAAACGUUUUACUUUCGCACGGUAAAAUCCUUCUUGAUUUGAUUUGAUUUUGAACCGAAACCAAAACCCUCUCUUUUUUCCAUUUAUUUUCUUCUUCUCUGAAAUCGAAUUCGAAAGUAGCAAGCAGCCAUGGAAGCGAUACUCGUGGAUUGCGUGCAGAAGAGUCUUCGGCAUUUCAUGCACUCCAACGCCGUCUUCCUCUGCCAGCGUCUCUGCGCCGAGUUCCCCACCGAGACAAAUCUCCAAUUGUUGGCUAAAUGUUACUUGCAGAAUAAUCAAGCUUAUUGUACGUAUCAUAUCUUAAAGGGAGCGCAAAUGGCUCAAUCUCGGUACUUGUUUGCAAUAUCAUGCUUUCAGAUGGGUCUUCUUAGUGAAGCUGAAGCAGCACUGUGUCCUGCUAAUGAGCCUAGUGUAGAGGUUCCAAAUGGGGCAGCUGGUCAUUAUCUGUUAGGGCUGAUUUACAGAUACACUGACAGAAGGAAAAGUGCCAUACAUAAUUUUAAGCAGGCACUCUCAAUGGAUCCUCUAAUGUGGGCUGCAUAUGAGGAGUUGUGCAUAUUAGGUGCUGCUGAAGAUGCAACUGCAGUUUUUGGUGAAGCAGCUGCUCUUUGCAUACAAAAACAAUACCUACAUUGCUCGACCUCUUCUAAGUUGCAUUCAUCAGCUGAGGAUUGUAAUAUAGUUGACACUAGACACUCUGCCUCAGAAGACACAAGUCCUAGGCAACUGAAACUCAUGCAGAGCAUGAAGGAUAUUCCUGGAAAUCAUCAUGGGCCAUCCAUUUUAGGAGGAACUGCUCAACCAAUUAAUAGUGGUCUGUCUAACAUAUCAUUUUAUAACACCCCAUCUCCAAUGGCAGCACAGUUGUCAGGUGUUGCUCCACCCCCUUUGUGUAGGAAUGUGCAGCCUAAUGGCCAAAAUCUGAGCUCACUUAAUGCUGACACUUCUCCUAAGUCAACAGUGAACUCUACCAUUCAAGCCCCUCGAAGAAAGUUCGUGGAUGAAGGAAAGUUACGGAAGAUUUCUGGAAGAUUGUUUUCUGAUUCUGGUCCUCGACGUAGUUCAAGACUCUCUAGUGAUGCAAGUGUAAAUGCAAACGCUAAUGCAACUGCUGUAUUGGGAAAUGGAACCAGUAACUCUUCUAAGUAUCUUGGAGGGUCAAAGCUCAGCACUAUGGCAUUUCGUUCCAUGACAGUUCGUAAAGGGCAGUCAUGGGCCAAUGAAAAUGCUGAUGAAGGGAUUCGUAAUGAUGUUUUAGAUGAUUCUCGUUUAAAUGUCGCAUCGACUACUUCUAGUUCUUCUUCUACCAUGGAAGCUAAAUCUUAUGAGCAAGAAACAGCAAAUUUUCCAAUUGGUGGACAAAUAGUGAGUGGUUCAAAAGUCAUAUCUGGUGCUUCAGAAAUACUGACAAUUCUAAGAAUUUUUGGUGAAGGCUGUAGACUGUCCUAUUUGUAUAGGUGCCAGGAUGCACUGGAUACCUAUAUGAAACUUCCACAUAAGCAUUACAAUACUGGUUGGGUUCUUUCCCAGGUCGGAAAAGUGUACUUUGAAUUGGUUGAUUACUUAGAAGCUGAGCAGGCCUUUGGCCUUGCUCGUCAGAUUAUGCCUUAUAGUUUGGAAGGAAUGGAUGUAUACUCAACAGUCCUUUAUCACCUAAAGGAAGAUAUGAAGUUAAGUUACCUGGCUCAGGAACUGAUAUCAACUGAUCGUUUAGCUCCUCAAUCUUGGUGUGCCAUGGGUAAUUGCUAUAGCCUGCAAAAGGAUCAUGAAACUGCACUGAAGAAUUUUCAACGAGCUGUUCAACUGAAUCCCAAAUUUGCAUAUGCACACACCCUUUGCGGACAUGAGUAUGUUGCACUAGAAGAUUUUGAGAAUGGAAUCAAAUGCUACCAGAGUGCGCUCAGGGUUGAUGCAAGGCAUUAUAAUGCUUGGUAUGGACUUGGAAUGGUGUACCUUCGCCAAGAAAAGUUUGAGUUCUCUGAACAUCAUUUUCGAAUGGCUUUCCAUAUCAAUCCACGCUCAUCUGUUAUAAUGUCAUACCUUGGUACAGCUUUGCAUGCUUUAAAGAGAAGUGAGGAAGCGCUGAUGGUAAUGGAGAAGGCUAUUUUAGCUGAUAAGAAAAAUCCCCUUCCAAUGUAUCAGAAGGCGAAUAUACUCAUAAGCUUGGAAAAGUUUGACGAGGCAUUGGAAGUCCUAGAGGAGCUUAAAGAGCAUGCUCCUCGCGAAAGUAGUGUCUAUGCUUUGAUGGGCAGGAUCUAUAAAAGGCGUAACAUGCACGAGAGAGCAAUGCUUCAUUAUGGUAUUUCUUUAGAUUUGAAACCAUCUGCAACAGAUGCUGCUGCUAUCAAGGCUGCCAUUGAGAAACUGCAUGUACCAGAUGAGAUGGAAGACAACUUGUAGCUAGAUGUAUGAAGUGCAAAGUGCUAACUUGGUGUAAAUUACCAGCAUUUGAAUCCUGAUCACAGGGAUUUGGCUCUGCUUGUGCUUUCGGCAAAAUUGUUCACUAAAGCAGCACAACUGCUUGAGGAGUAUUUAUUCAUGCAGCCAUCACAUCACGUCCAUCUAAGCGACGGAUCUCUCUCUUUUAAGUGACCAGAGUUUUGUAGGAGAUUCACAUAUUAAUAGGAGGACAUGAUGUAACAAAGGUGCCAAGAAGCUCCUAUAUAUACCUAGGGCUGGGCAAAAAGAACUGAAUUGAAUUGGACUGAAACUGAUAAAAAAAAAUACUUUUUUUUUUAUUGAGAAUUGAACCGAAUUGUUAGUCAGUUCAGUUUUUAAAAAACUGAUCUGCUUCAAGAAAACUGCUAUCUGAACCGAACCUUUACAUUGAA